GUGUAGACUACGGUUGCUCAGCAACCAAACACGCAAGGACGACGUAGUACGUAAAGGCGGCGUUGUCUCUAUGGCUGCGGAGGACGCGGAGGUAAUCCUGUUGCUAACGAUAGCUAGAAAAGUGCUUUGUUUACGUGAACUGUAUUUGUUAUGAUCGAUCAUGACAGCGCUAAUGGAGGUGGAACCAAUUGCUGUGUAAUCCGAAGCAAAUGUAUGUGCGUUUUGUCACACAACAGUAAUGUUAUCCUCUUUUUAUUUGGCUAAGUAAUCGCAGUUGGCUUCUCGCUAACAUACCUAGCUUGCUGCUACUGUUACCCGCUAGACUGACACCAGAUCACCCACUGCCAUUCAACUGCGCUGUUCAGAGAAAGCUGCUCGAUGUAUCACAAAGAAAAGAGCAUCCAGAUCAAAAACAGCGCGUCUGCGCUGUACAACAACCUCAGCGUGCAGCGCAUCGCCCCGCGGCGUCUCACCUACUUCACGGUGGUCCAUGCCAAUGUGGUCAACAUGGUCAGCGCGUCUUGGGACGGCCUCAACUACUCCCACCGUCAGCUGCAGUCCAAAGAGCCAAAUGUCGCUACGAGCACAUCGCUCAUCAUGCAGGCCGCGUUUUGUGUUCUGCCCUCCCGUGAUCUGCUGGUGGUGACCUCUCAGAAAGGCAUCCAGAUGUAUGAAUCUGAUGGCUCUAUCAUGGUGUACUGGCAUGCACUGGAUACUCCGGAAACACCUACAGCUCAGGCCGUGUUUGCUCGAGGGAUAUCAGCAGUGUGGGAGAAUUAUAUAUGUGUGGGCGUGUCAUCUGGUGCAAUUCUAGUAUUUGAUGUUCCCAGUAAAGGCAGUAACAUCACCCUGUCCGAGGUCCUGGAAGAACACAAGGACUCCAUCACUGACAUGGCCUCAGAGUGUUCUGGCAGCCAGGAGUGCAUAGCUGAUCUCGUCAGUGCAGAUGAUAGUGGCAACCUGUGUGUGUGGAAGUCUGGGGAGGAAUUUCAGCUGCUCAACAAGAUCCCUGGAUUUGAUAUGAGCUGCUCAUCUGUCAAGCUGUGGAAAGGCACAGUGGUGGCAGGUUACGGAACGGGCCAGAUCCGUCUCUACGAAGCCGUGACGGGAAUUCUGCACGCUGAGGUUAAUGCCCACGCUCGCUGGAUCUACUCACUGGACAUUGCUCCUUUCUCUGGACUGCUACUGUCUGCUGCUGAGGACUCUCUGGUCAGGGUGUGGCAUCUGACUGUAACCCCAGAGAGCAACAGUGUGGAGGUUGCCCACUUGCACAAUGAGUGUGUGACAGACACACAAAUCUGUGGCGCCAAGUUCUGUGACGGUGAUGGUUAUGCCUUUGCAGUGACAGGCUAUGACCUGAGUGAGAUUAUCCGCUACACACAGUCAUAGGACAUUGCCUUCAUUAAGGCUGAGUGUAUGAAUGUUAAAUCGAUUUAUUGGGUUGUUUCCACAAAGAUCAUGUGACCCAGUUAGUCAGAAGUGGUCAGGUUAGGUUAAGGCUGAGAUAUUGCAAGGACGGUAGGUAUUACACAUCAUGGAUUUUGGGAGAUGAAUUGUUUCAUGGCAUUUCUGUCUGUAUAUCUACAAGGGUUAGAGGCAGGUUAGCAUAUUGCAAAAUAAUGUGAAAGUAACGUGUUAAACUGUUUCUAUAAAUAUUUUAAGUACAAAUGUUUAUAUGUAUGUGAAUGUAGCUUUAAAAAGUAAUAAAAUAUUCUAUCAUUC